CCUGCUUGGAGGUACCUUAGCGGAUAUCCGCCUUCAGUAUCUCGUUGCUUGGCUUGGACUCUGAGGCUGAAGUGCUCCAAGUCGGACACCUAUCAAACGGAAGAAAUAGCCUCUACAGGGAAAGACCGCCAGACUGUGGAGAAGCCGAGUGCUACGCUUCUCACCCGUAGUGUACCUACUCACAGCUUCCCCAGAGAUUAGGUUAGGACGACGGAUGGUCAGGUUGCACAAAUGGCAGACUGGGAAAAAAAAAAAGCAGACAUGGGUCUCUUCGGCUGGGUUAACGAGAAGGAGGUGGUGGUGGGUGAUAAACAACCCCAUCCGUCCACACCCACCCCGAUCCGUCAAGUUCAUUGCAGCACAACAAGACAAGUCGAAUCGGAAGCAAAUAAGGACGUCCCUCUCUCCACCAAUUUUUUGCCUCCCCCUGUUCCUUCAUGUCCCCAGUGUCUCUCAUCACCAGUCACACACAUCUCAAAGACCCUUGUCGACAGAUCGCGACGAAUUCCCUCCCUCCUACUCGUCCUCCUCACCGUCCUCUAGCCUCAUCUUAUUACCUCUACCUCUGACCUUUUCUUUUGCAAAGGACCAACACGUAUGAAGGACAGGACAAGAUCGUCCCGCUGCCGUUGAUCUACACCAUUUACUGUUCCUCGCCGGUCCGAAGUGUCUCCCCAUUCCCCUCCUUGACGGCUAAACGCCUUCGAGUUCUUCAUCUUUUCUCCACAAUUCUCGAUUUCCGACAGUGUAGAGAUACGCCAAAGCUGCUGACUAGUGCCACAAGGUCUCUACUUUGUCACUUCAGCCCCCCUCACACACCUUCCACACCUCAUCUCGGCCUUUCUUGGCUGCCCGCCCAUCGGCCAGCCUUGUUUUACCCAAUCCGUCUCGAGCAACAGUUUAAAGCAUUUAGGGGCGCCUCCCUCCCUCCAAGUACCCUUGUUUUCACCUUUUUGGUAUGGUCUCGUUAGUGACGGGUUAUGGACUCUUCACUUCCUGCCGCGUCGGACGACGGAGACCUUGCCUGGUCGGAUAGCCACAGCAUGGAUUCGGAUGAUAUCCAGGGUCUUCCCCAAUCAUCGUCCUGGUUCACCUCACUUUCGUCAACCUCAACUUCUGCCUCAAUGUCUUCGGCCAUGAGCUUUGCUCAGACUGGCCAGCUUUCACCCAUCAGCAAUGGCAUGGAUGCGUCCUAUCAUGGCACGGAUCUGUCAGGGAAUUCUUGUUGCUCUUCCUCCUCCGCUUCUGCCUCUGCCUCGCCUGAAUUGACCCAGUCGGCGGCUUCUCUAUCUUCUAUGGAGAACUGGGAAAUGGCACUCGACAGUCACCAUGGCAGUUCUGGCCACGGCCACGGCCACCAUUAUGAGUUGUCGUGGGACCCGGACUCGGACGACAACAUGCUGCCGUUGCCAAAGAUGGAGCCAUUGGACGAUGACGACUUUUGCAUGGACCAUAUCAAGGAAGCUCCUGCAAAUGCACUUCCAAACAGUGACGGUUCGAUGCUAGAUCAGCCAAAGGCGAAGCGGCCCCGAGGUCGGCCCCGCAAGCAUCCAAUUGCGCCUCCUGUCCCUGCGAACAAGAUCACAAAGGGCCGAUCCAAGACAGGCUGCCUCACUUGUCGGAAGCGCAAGAAGAAGUGUGACGAGGCAAAGCCACGGUGCAUGAACUGUGAAAAGAAUGCCGUGGUUUGUGAAGGGUACCCCGAGAAACAGAUCUGGAAGAGUGGCAGAGAGAGGGCCGAGGAGGAACGCCUCAAGUCCCACAGUUUGCCGUCCAUUACCAUGCAGCCACUGUUCCACGGGCUCGAGACGGUCGAAGAUAGGAUCUUCUGGAAGCAUUAUAACGAGCAUCUCAGCACGGUGUUGACCGUUGAGGGAGAACACAAGAAUGCCUUCAAGGACAUGAUGGUGCCAAUUGCAGUCAAGCAUCAGGGCCUCAUGCACUCCAUCCUUUCGUUGGCCAGCAAACAUAUCGACUAUGACACACCCUACGGUCUCAAUAUCCUCAAGAACAACCGAUCGACAUCUGUCCACAAGCUCCACGAACGGUCUCUGUAUCAUCAUGAUCAAGCCAGGCAAAAGUUCUACGAGGACGUGGAAGUCAGCGAUGCAAUGAACCCUCAAGACAAACUCCGCGUGUCUGCCCGUUACGGCCAGAUGCUUUGCUUCCUCCUCGAGGCAUUGGCUGAGGGCAACCCGCGUGGUGAGCACCGGCUCCAUCUUUCGGCAUACAAGAGUCUCAUUUCAAGCUCGCCGCCGGAAGACUCGGCUUUCUUCUCGUUCAUUGCCGAGUUUUUCCAGUACCAUAUCUUUGCUGAUGAGUUGAUUCAUUCCGUUUCGACUCUUCACCACCGUGCGGUUCCCAACGAUGCCAACUACACACCAGCCAUCUAUCCCCCCCGGCUCAUUGGUGUCGCCGAUGGACUCUUGGAGUACCUUCCUCAAAUUACCAUGAUUCGAAACACCAUUCGGCACAAUAUUGUCACUCAAGUCGAUCCAGUGGUUGACUACGUCAGCCUUUAUCGGGCGGCUGAGAUCGAUGCAGCUAUCAAGGACUGGACUCCCCACUGGCCUCAAGGAGACCAUCGUGACCGAGUAGGACUCCUGUACAAGCACAUGAUGUGGAUCUACCUUGUUCGGACCGUCUACCCGCCGUCUCCUUCGGCUCCUUUGCCUCCAACAAAGUCAUCGGAUCUCCGGUUGUCUACCCUGUCCCAUGCCUACCAUAGUCGAAUCGCUGCGCCUGGUGUUACUACGCCGCCUAUGUCAGCAUCACCAAGCUGCACUUCGUCGCCCAAGCUGGAGGGUUCAGACUAUGGAAUGGGCUCCGUCCCUCUCCUCAGCACCACUUCAUCUUUGCGAGCCGAGUCGCCGCCACCAUCUCGCAAGCCACUCCAGCAUGACCCGCGGGUUACCGUGGCUGUUGAGGAGUCUUUAGGCAUCAUGGAAUCUUUCAAGCCUAGCGACCCGUGCCAAACCCUGCUCCUCCUCCCAUGCUUUAUCAUCGGUACGGCAUGCUUCACACCCACCCACCGGGAUCGGGUUCGGGCUGCUGUAAAAACGGUCAAGGGAUACACUGGUCUUAGAAACGCUGACCGCGCCUUGGAAGUUCUGGAGCAUGUGUGGCAGCUUAUGGAGAGUGGUGAUUGGGCCGCAGUAUGGGAUUGGCCUCGUAUUGCUCAGGGGUUAGGUCUGGAUUUCAUUCCUGCUUAAACCCCUUGGGUCGUACGUGAGUUGAAUUUCGAGACUCGUGGUUCAGGCAGCAAGACUGCCAAGAUCACCUUCCCAUGUACUAACAAACUACAUGCCGCUUGAUUUCUUUGAGGUUGUGUUUAUUUUUGUCGCAUGUUUUUCUGUUUUUCAUUUUGUUUUUUCAUCGCACUAUAUCCUCUUUUAUCAUGUCGGGUGGUGUUACGGAACAAAGAAUACUGGGUCAUGUAUUUUCCUUCAGUCAUUCGCUUAAGCGUGGAGUGAACCGGGCAUUUUUUGGCUUCUAACAUCAUAUUUCUCAUUCAUGGCGAUUUGGUACUUCAGAAAGAUGGCAUGGAAAGGUGUUGUAAGGGAAAUAUCAACAUGUACCCAAGGGCGAUGGCGAAACUUGGUCGGAUCAGGAAAUCAAAGCAUGCACUUAACUACAUCCAAAAAAAAGCAUUUGGAGGGACGCGGGAAGACAACGGAAGACGGUUAGGAGUUUGAUUUGGCUGAAGGUACAGGUGCAUCGGAUCAUAGGGGCUUUGUGGUAAGGGAGUGGGGUCAAAGAGCAUAGGGGAAAAUGUGGUCAAGAGACAUAUCGGAAUGGCGUUCUCUCGUUAGGAUUUGACUUUUUAAAAAAACAUUUGGCCAUGGUCGAGUGGCGGGUGCCACAGGGGUUUUUCGUUUCUUGGAUAUUUACGCUCGCUGGUACAUUUUUGAAGCGCUACGGGGAAAGGUGUUAGGGAAUAUUUGCAGAGGAAGAGGCCCCAUUUGGGAAUUGGCAUGUGCAUGGGCACAAGAUGGGAAUCACUCGCUGACUUGAGAUGCGUCACGUCGCAAUAUCGUGACACGAAAUGAAUCAUAUGAUGGUCU